AUGCCGCCCAGGAUUUGUGAGGACUUCAAUUACGAAAGAUUCCAGCCAAUUCAUAGAGUGCAAGUGGUGCUUCCGCCGCCUAGAAGAAUACAACGACCUCAUCGACCCUCGGAGGUCAGAAUCAACGUCAUUGAAGUUGGUGAUCACGCCAAAAACUCAUCGUUUCAGACUCCAACAGGACGGCCAUUUUUCUCUGAAGUUCGCGCACGCUUUGUUGGAAACACGAGUGUCUACCACGAGCUCUGUGCACUUCUAGGCCGCCGUAGAAGGUUAGUACCAAGUUGUUACCCCGUGUUUCACAAUAAACUCACAGACCUAUCACCGACACGCUUAUCAAGAAAGUAAUCCAACUUCUCUACGAUCAUCCUGACUUGGUACUUGACUUCAGCGGAACUCUCCCAGUGGAACACCAUAUUUACAUCAACAGACGUGGACAGUAUGUCCAUGACAACUCAGAAACUGCUAGAGUACGCUUCCGGAUUCAAAAAGAAGACACUGAUACGCAUUUCAGGUUGUUCCGAGAGCAGAGAUCAUCCGUCAUCUUCCUGAUCAGACACAAUUGACCGGACGAGCACUGCAAAAUGUUUGUACUUGAAUUAGUACCACUUUCCCAGCUACAUGCACACGUUACAGUUUACCCGAGCUCUCGUGUUCCUCCGUUUGGCCGAAGAGCGUCUUUCUGAUGACCCAAAUCAGUUUCAGCGCCUUCUCAAUUUUCUUCGCAACCACCGCAGAGAUAGGUCAGCAUUUUUUCCGAAACCUUACUUCUUCUACCGACAACUCAUUCAGAAUUUCGAACAAUGAGAUCUUUUCAACCGUCGUUCAAACUUUCUACAACCACCCGGACCUUGUCUUUCACUUCCGUGCGUUCAUGUUUCCCUGGGGUGAAUUGUUCCGAACCAACGACGGCUCCUACGCGUUCAGGAACAUUUUUGGAGCUGCGACUGGUGUAAGUUUCCGCUUCGGCUAUUGCAAAUUAGAGAUCGGGUCGAAAGUUAUAAUUUUAGGUUGUGAGAGGGCUUGCGAGAAGAGAGCGAAUGCGACGGGAAUAUGCGAGAGCCGAGCCGGUGGCGGCGGCACCACGAGAGGGCGGAAACCCGUGA